AUGGCUGAGAUACCUGAACCCUCCCCACCUCGAGUUAGACAUUCCCAACGAAGAGGUCAAACGCGAUUUGAGAAAGAAGCAGCUGCUACAGGUGGUAAAUCAUCUGCUGAUCUACCUGGUGAUCCAAAAGUCAUCGGGCCUUGGAGAAUAGGUAGAACCAUUGGUAAAGGUGCAAGUGGUCGAGUGAAGAUAGCGAAACACUCUAAAACAGGUCAAUAUGCAGCCAUCAAAAUUGUGCCUAAACAUGCUUUCUUGAUGAAUUCAAGAAUGUCAAUGUCGGACGCAGGAGCGAAACAUGAUAAAGCGGUUCUGGGAAUAGAAAGAGAAAUUGUUAUCAUGAAAUUGAUUGAUCAUCCGAAUGUAAUGAGUCUGUAUGAUGUCUGGGAGACCGCGAAAGAGCUAUAUUUGGUCCUUGAAUAUGUAGAAGGAGGUGAACUUUUCGAUUACCUAGUUUCUCAAGGUAGAUUACCACCAGAUGAAGCAUCAAGAUACUUUCAACAAAUCGCUGCGGGUGUAGAUUAUUGUCAUCGAUUCAAUAUAUGUCAUAGAGAUUUAAAACCUGAAAAUUUACUGUUGGACGCAGAAAAGAAUAUCAAAAUUGCUGAUUUCGGUAUGGCAGCUCUGGAACCAAGUGAUAAAUUAUUAGAAACCUCUUGUGGUAGUCCACACUAUGCCAGUCCUGAAAUUGUUGCAGGAAUGUCAUAUCAUGGUGCAGCAUCAGAUAUUUGGUCUUGUGGUGUAAUUUUAUUCGCUUUACUUACAGGUAGAUUACCAUUCGAUGAUGAAAAUAUUAGAAUACUAUUACAAAAAGUUAAAAAUGGAAGAUUCGUCAUGCCUGCUGAUCUUCCUAUUGAUGCGAAAGAUCUUAUCACUAGGAUGUUAGUGGUUGAACCUGAAAAGAGAAUCACUAUGGCUGAAAUAAUGAGACACCCAUUCUGUCAAAGGAAACAGGAUACAGAUUCAGGUAGAAGGAUCAAUCUAGUUGAACCACCCAGAUUAGAAGAAAUCGCUAGACCAGUAAGAUCAGAAAGGGAGAUCGAUAGGGAUAUAUUAAGGAAUUUAAGAACUUUGUGGAAUGGCACUUCUGAAAAAGAAAUCGUUGUCUCCCUUUUAUCCAACGAGAAAACUUGGGAAAAGGCUUUCUACUUUUUACUUUUACAAUAUAGGAAUAAACAUUUAGAAAACUUCAAUCCUGAGCCUGAAUCCAGAAGAAUUACAAAUGAACGACGAAGAAAACCUGACUCUUCUGGCUCAACGCAUAGACGAUCAAGUCGAUCAACCAAUUCAACAGUUACAGAAACACACCAUCCGAAUGGCGGUUCAGUGAGAAAAGCUGUUCCAACUGAAGAACAAGAAAAAGAAAAAGAAAAAGAAAGAGAACAACAUCGAAAUACAAAGGCAAAUAGAAACUCAACUUCAACCGAUAAAGAAAACGUUAAACCUCAUACUGCAACGGCUACUAGACCUGCACCCAAUCCAGUUGCUGUGGCGGUCACUACACCAAAAACAUCUACUACACCUGGAUCCAGAGUGAUUGGACCUCGACCUUCACCCAACCCUAAUACCCAUAUCAAUAUUACUACCAAUGCCAAUACCAAUAUCAUUGCAACCGAACAACAACGAUUCGUACACAAUAAAGCGACAAGUGUUGGACUCGAUACCACCAACGUGACUACGCCAACACCUAAAACACCAGCACAUUUAGAAAAGAUCAUUGAACAUCCAUCAACGAUCACACCUGUUGAUCCGAAAUUACCUAAAAUAACUUUGCAACGACCCACACCCGGAACGGGAGCAACGGUAGCACACACAGGUUUAGGAUUGAAUCUGAAUAUAUCAGUACCGAAUUCCCCUUCGCCUCAAUCUGGAUCAUCUCAUAUCGCUAACUCAACUCAACAAGCUGGUCCGGGUGGAUUAGGUAUGUCAGUUGUUGGACAAGGAUUAGGUAAUAUAAAUGUACCUCAAGUCCAAGAUGCUGCAUUACAAAAAUUCUUCCACGAUAUUGCUGAACAAUUACAAUUGAUUGGAUCUACGGCUUCACCGAGAUCAAGUAUUGUCAUUCCAGGUGGUGAUGGAUCACCUAGUUCUAGUCCGACUCCAAUUCCAAGUCCUGCUUUAUCACAAGGUGAAAAUAUUAUAACUCCAACUACACCAACUAUCGAAAUACCUCCUUUAAAUAUGACUGGUAACAAUAACAAUAACAAUAACAAUAAUACCUACGCGAUCAGACCAACAAAUAAUAGAAGGAGUAUGACUGAACAACCUACGCCAAAUACAGCUAAUAAACCUGAAAUGAUGAAAAGAAGAUCAUAUCUCGGUGAUGUCACCACGAGAGAAAACGUAUUUGCAAAUCAAUCUCAAGUCCAACCUCAAAGAUUUUCGACAGGUUUCGAUAAAGUCAGAAAAGUAUCUAAUGGAAGUGAAAAGAAGAGAAAAUCAAAACCUGCACCACUUGAUCUAUCGCCUAAGGUAGGCUCGGAAUUACUCUCACCAACAGGAUCACCUUGGCUGUCCACUCCACCGUUGGGUAUGGGCAGUCCAACACCGCCCUCACCAUUGUUAGUUGGUUCUUCAGGUGAAAUCAAGACGUCUUGGUUUUCCAACCUUUUCAGUUGGAAGCCAGCUACAUUCACAUUGAUAUCAGCAGACGAUUGCGCUUCUUCCAGAGCUGAAUGUAUCAAGUUAUUGGAAUCGUUUGGCGCAAGUGUUAUAUUGGAAGAUGCCGAUGGGUGGGGAGUAUUGAAAUGCCGAAUAGAUGAAAUCAGGGACGUGACAGGUAUAAUCAUACCUAAAUCAGUCCGAUUUAGAAUAGAAUUCUUACCUCAUGGAAUCUGGUCAUCAUCCAACAAUCAUAGCAAUAAUAGCAGUAUCAAUCCACCAAAUAGUCCAAGGUCAGGAAUGACAACUACUAGUAUGACUAUGGUACAGGAAAAAGGCGCUCUGAGUUGCUUUAGAGCUGUUUACGGUAGGAUCAGAUCGGAAUGGAGACUCGACUCACUGAAAUCACCAGCUAUUUCAACUCAUUCAAGAUUCACAAAUGUCAAUUCUCCAAUGGCUUCUCCUGCUUUAGACGGAAAUCAUGCUCAAGCAAUUUGGAGCUAA